AUGGUGCCACUCUUUUUCACACUUUUCUUAGGUGUUUUCUCAAAACGCCUUACAAGACUCAAUAAUGAUGAGCCGCUUGAGAUUGGUCCGAAUUAUAAAACACUCUGGUUUACUGAGCAACUAGAUCACAUCAAUAGAGAUCCAGGCACAAUUAACAUCCGAGUGCUUUUCAGUCAGGGAAGCCCUACCGCACCUCUCUUUGUUUACACUGGCAAUGAAGGCCCAAUCACUCAAUUUUAUCAAAUGACUGGGUGGCUUGUUGGUACCCUUGGUCCACAAUACAAUGCAUCAGUUGCGUUUAUUGAGCAUCGAUACUAUGGUGAAUCAAUCCCAAGCCCAUUUUCAUGGAAAUACCUGAGCACUGACCAAGUCCUUUGGGAUUUCGCUGACAUCAUCCAGCAGCUAAAGCCAAGCAACUCAACCCCAGUUAUUGUAUUUGGAGGCUCAUACGGUGGGAUGCUUGCAGCUUACUUCCGCGUUAAGUAUCCACAAUUUGUGGACGGUGCCAUCGCGAGCUCUGCCCCUGUUUUAAUGCCUCAAGACGUUAAUGGUACUUCUUAUGCAAGAAUCAGCACAAACGACUAUUUCAAUGUAGAAAGAGACUGUGAAGGGAACAUCCACAAUGGAUUCCUCAUCCUAGAUAACUUUAUUGACAGGCCUUUAACUUAUACAGCCCUUGAAAACAUUUUCAACCCAUGCCAGUCAAUACAAGAGCAAGGUGACGUGCUAGCUUUAGAAGAUUUCAUUACAGGCGCUUUCCAAGACAUGUCGCAGCUUGAUUACCCAUACCCUGCCAAUGUAGGAGGCCUUUUGCCAGGAUUCCCUGUGAAUGUGUCAUGCUCCAUUAUGUCUCAAUUUUCUCACUCCCCCCCUUUAAAUUGGAACAAAAUAUAGGUAAAAUUUUCACUUUUUUGGUAAAUUAACCCCCCUUUAAAUUGGAACAAAUUUAAUUUUAUAAUAAAACAUUAUAUAUAAUUUUUAUCUAAAAAGUUAAGAUAUAAGUUAAAUGUUUUUUCUUAACUAAAAUUAAAAAUUUAUUUAUAUCUUGAUCUUUUUUAAAGAAAAAGUAUAAAGAGCAUCUAUUUUAAAUAAAUUUAUUAUCCUUAAUUGCUAAAUUUUAAAACAAAAUUAAUUUUUUUUUUUAAAAAAUUUUCAAAAAAAUUUUUGUUUUUUUUGAUAAAAAUGAUAUUUUUUAUUUGGAUAAUUUUGAUAUAAAUUCAAUAGGAAUUCUUUAUAAAAUUUCAAAAUUUACUUAUCUCUUGCUUUAUUUUAAAGAAUAGAGUAUAAAUAGCAUCUUAUUUAAACAAAAUUAGCACUUUGAUCGAUAAAUUUUCUAAAUUUUUUUUUUUUUAAUUUUUUUUAUCAAUAAAAAUAAUAAUUUUUGUGUGUAAAUAAUUUUUUGAUACCAUUAAUAGUGGCGUAUUAACUAAUAAUGAAAAUUUAGUUAUAUCUUGCUUUGAUUUAAAGGAUAAAGAGUAAAUAGCGUUUUAUUAAACAAAUUUAUUGAUCUAAUUCGAUAAGUUUUUGAAAUUUUUUUUUUUAAAUUUUCACAUUCUUUAUAAAAAAUUUUAUAUUGAUAUGUUUUUUUAAAAAUUAAUCCCCAUUUUAAAUUGGAACAAAAUUUUUAGUUCCAAUUUAAAGGGAGGGGGGGAGUCAGAAUGAAAACAUGUGGCAAGCUUUGAUGGGCUUUGCUCAGAUUAAUAAUUUGGUUUAUAACUGGACUGGAAACUUAACUUGUUUCGAUAUCUAUGGAGGUGAAGGAAGUGGCCUAGACCCAUGGACUUACCAAACUUGCACCGAGCUUAUUUUCCCAUUAGGCCAAUAUGGGCUGCCUAAUGAUAUGUACCCAGUGAGACCUUGGAAUUACCAGCAAUGGGCUAAGAUGUGCCAAGGAUUAUUUGGAGUUCAGCCGAGACCUGAUUGGGCACCUAUAAACUAUGGAAUGGGGACAUUUGAUGUCAAUGUUACUCUGGCUUCAGCUUCAAAUAUUGUAUUUUCUUAUGGAACUCUUGAUCCAUGGGGAGGUGGGUGCAUACAGGAACCUAUUAAUGAUCAAACUACAGUUAUUGGAAUCAAAGGAGGAGCUCAUCAUUUGGACUUAAGAACUCCUAACCCAAGAGAUCCUCAGUCUGUUAUCUAUGCACGCUCCAGAGAAGUCGCAAUGAUCAAUCAGUGGAUAGGCCAAGCAAUGGAAAAGUUUGCUAGAUAUUAA